CACCAGCCGGCAGCASCCCGAGCACAGCCGCCACCACCAAGCCUCAGCAGGCUCCUGCCCAGCACCACCCGACGGCACCCACUCACCCACCAUGCCUGCGCCCACAGCCCCACGGCCACGCCUGCCGCACGCCGCCCCGCCGCUCCUGCUUCUCCUCACGGCUCUGGCCACCGCMCUCGCMUGCCAACACCUCUGGACCCCCGACGACACCUUCCCCGCCGACGCGCUCCGCCUCCUCCGCGACAUGGCUCCCAGCCACGCACAGCCCUGCCACCUGCAACAGCCGCCCUUCUUCCCCGACGCCCUCCGCCACAACAACCUCCACUGCGCCUGGGACCACGUCCGCAUCGAAGCUCGCGCCUCUUUACAGCACCUCCACAACCUCACGCGCACCAUGCGCCGCUAGCACAAACACCCACGCACACCAACCCACACCCGCGCACCCGACACGCUCCCACACCACGCCCCAAACCCACCUCGCACCUCACUCCUGACCUCCCCUGCCACAAGGGACACGGCUCCAUCAACCUCA